AUGCGCACCGGUCGCGGACGGCAAUCGCGACGACGCGCGAGCUCGUGGGCUCGCGCGUUCGCGUUCGCGCUCUCCUGCAUCGCCCUCGCGGGUUUCGGACGAGCGCUCGCUUCGGAUGACGUCGUGGACACCGCGAACGCGGUGCCGGAUUUCGCGGAAGGGUCGGAGAAGUUUGAGUUCCAAGCCGAGGUGUCUCGACUCAUCAUCAUCAACUCUCUGUACUCGAAUAAGGACAUCUUCCUGCGCGAGCUCAUCUCGAACGGCUCGGACGCGCUCGAUAAGAUUCGCUUCAUGUCAUUGACGGAUAAGGAGCAGCUCGGAAGCGGGGAGAACGCGAACUUGGACAUUCGCAUCAAGGCGGACAAGGAACGCAAGGUUCUCACGAUUCGCGACCGAGGCGUCGGCAUGACCAAGGCUGAUUUGAUGAACAACCUGGGCACCAUCGCCAAGUCUGGCACGUCCGCGUUCCUCGAUCAAAUGGCCAAGGGUGGGGACAUGUCCCUCAUCGGCCAGUUCGGUGUCGGUUUCUACUCUGUCUACCUCGUCGCCGACUUCGUCGAGGUUCGCUCCAAGCAUAACGACGACGACAAGCAGUGGGUCUGGCAGUCUAAAGCCGACGGUAACUUCGCCAUCUCCGAAGACAAGGGCGAGUCGCUCGGUCGCGGGGUGGAGAUCAACAUCUACCUCAAGGAGGACGCCCAGGAGUACUUGGAAGAAAGCAAGCUCCAAGCUCUCGUCGAACGCUACUCCGAGUUCAUCAACUUCCCCAUCUACCUCUACAACUCCAAGGAAGUUUCCGAAGAAGUCCCGGUCGAGAAGGACGAUGCCGAGGCAUCGGACGAUGCCGACGAAGGAGAUGACGACGAAGAAGAAGACGAAGAAGACGAAGAAGGCGAAGAAGGCGAAGACGACGAGCCAAAGACCAAGACAGUGACCAAGACCGUUUGGGACUGGGAGCGUCUUAACGACGUCAAGGCCAUCUGGCUCCGACCCUCCUCUGAAGUCGAGGAAGAAGAGUACACAAAGUUCUACCACGCCCUUUCCAAGGGCACGGAAGAUCCGCUGUCGUACUCUCACUUCAAGGCUGAGGGCGACGUCGAGUUCAAGGCAAUCCUCUUCAUUCCGGAACGUCCGCCGCACGACUUCUACGACAACUACUACUCGCGUGCGAGUGCUCUCAAGCUGUAUGUUCGACGCGUCUUCAUUUCCGAUGAGUUCGAUGAACUCUUGCCGAAGUACUUGAGCUUCAUCAAGGGAAUCGUCGAUUCGGAUACGCUUCCGCUCAACGUCUCUCGCGAGACGCUUCAGCAGCACACGAGUCUGAAGACCAUCAAGAAAAAGCUCGUGCGCAAGGCACUCGACAUGAUUCGCAAGCUCGCCGAAGAGGGUAAAGACGCCGAAGACGAUGGCGUGAAGCCUGAAGGCGAAGAGGUGGAGAAGAAGGACGAGGAGACAAAGUACGAAAAGUUCUGGAAGAGCUUUGGCAAGUCCAUCAAGCUAGGCAUUAUCGAAGAUGCGAGUAAUCGCGUGCGUCUUGCCAAGCUCCUUCGUUUCCAAACGUCCAAAUCCGAUGGGAAACUCGUUUCUCUCGAGCAGUACGUCGAACGAAUGAAGGAGGGGCAGAAGUCGAUCUAUUACAUCACCGGGGAGUCCAUUGAUGCGCUCAAGAGCUCUCCGUUCCUUGAGAAGCUCAUCGCCAAGGACCUUGAAGUCAUAUAUUUUACCGAUCCGAUCGACGAGUACACGAUGCAAAACUUGACCGAAUUCGAUGAUUUCAAGUUUUCCAACGCUAGCAAGGAAGAUCUCAAGUUUGGUGACGCUGACGAUGAUGAGAAGGCUCUCUUCAAAAAGACCAAGGAUGCUUUCAAAACUUUCACGACUUGGUGGAAGAGCAAGCUUCCGGACAACGUCAUCGAAGCUGUCAAGGUUUCUAACCGCCUUUCCACCACCCCGUGCGUCGUCGUUUCGUCCAAGUAUGGCUGGUCCGCGAACAUGGAGCGAAUCAUGAAGGCGCAAGCCAUGGGCGACGAGUCUAGGCACGAGUACAUGCGAGGCAAGAAGACUCUCGAAAUCAACCCGAGACACCCCAUGAUUGCCGCCCUCAAGGAACGAGCCGCCAGUGACCCAGACUCAACGGAGAAUGAGGCGUUGGCCAAGCUCAUGUUUGAAACCGCAAUGUUGGAGUCCGGUUUCAGCUUCGAUAAGCCGGGAGACUACGCCGGGCGCGUGUUCGAUCUGCUCAAGAUGAACAUGGGUGUCGAGAAGGAUGCCGAGCUUAUCGACGAGACGCAGUUCCACGUCGAGGAAAAGGAAGAGACUGCCGCCUCCGACGAGGAAACGGCCGCCGAACCGCCUAAGGACGAACUUUGA